AGCGUGGCAAGGAGACUUUACUGCCUCGCGCCUACAUGGCGAACUUGUGAGCGCAACAUGGCGUCUAUGCGCAGGUGUUACAGGCACACUUUUAACACUUUAUAGCGGCCCGUGUCGCUUUCCCAUCGUGGGAGAGGAAGUAGCUCCAACACAAGACAUCACUGCUGUGUUUUUGUUCUCCUUUAAUUAUCCGUCGGCGUGGGAAGAAGCCAAGUCUCGUGUUUCUGAGGGUCGUUAUUUUGGGUAUAAAUACAGACUCACGUGCAUGCAUUGUCAGGUUUUUUUGGGGGGUCUGUUUUGUUGGCUGUGAAAGAAAUGCAAAACGUGGAUCAGACACGCGCGAGGACAGAAAAUGAAUGUCACAAAGUCCUGGCAGAGAAAAUGCGCCGAGAUCGAAUCAGCACCAGCAUCGAGCAGCUAAGGCUGAUUUUCUAUCCCAUCAUGCAGAUACCUGAAGAUCAAGCUCUCGAACUGGAGAAAGCCGACAUUUUAGAGAUGGCUGUGACGUUGCUCAGGCAGAAGGCGUGUUCGCGCGCAAAUUCCAGUUUUGCACGUGGCUUCUCUCAGUGUUUGCACGAAAUGCUGCGCCACGUGUCCCUGCACGCUCAUCUGCCACCCAAAGACAGAGAAGAAAUCAAACGUUUCUAUGUGCUGCAGAGGACGAGCCUAAGACUGGGCUCCGUGUUUCCGAAUCACAGACAUUUUGCUCACAGAUCACCGAAACGAACAGCAUCCAGGAACCGAGUGGCUCUGUGGAGACCAUGGAAGAAAAACUGACUUGGUGCGCAGUCCAGCCUCCUAUUUAUCACUUCAUAUCUUAUAGCAAUAUAGUGUUUUUGUCGUGGUUGCUUUGUAAUUUUGUGCAACAUUUGCAUGUACUAGAACCACUUUAGUUGUAUUUGUUACUUCAUUUGUCUACUGUGUAUGCAACAGGUUCUCAUCCCUGGUCCUAGUGUAGCUCUUGCAUGUUUUAAUGAUUUCUCUGCUCUAAGCAUACCCUCUUCAUCCUCAUCAGCCCUUCCUGAGGUGAAUCUGGUGUGUUCGAGCUCUAAAAUAUGCAGAUACUCCAAGACCAGAGUUAGGACUCUGUGCUGUGCGGCAAACAAAGUGUCCGUUUUUUAUUAUUUAAUGUUAUUAUUGUCUUUUGUGAAGGCGUGUGUGUUAUGAC